AUGACACCGAUGUUCCGCAGUCCCUGCUGCCUCGUCUGCGGGGCAGUGGUAGUUCAAGGAAAAUGGGAUUAUAUUUUCUCUGAAAAGCUGGACUGGGAAACGCAAUGGGAAGAGCAAAAGCAUAAAGGACUGCUCUUUUGCAAGGCGUCUGAGGUCGAGGAUCGCUACUUUACAAAAAAGUGCAAAAACCAAUGGACGGGGUUAUAUCGUCUCAUUAUCUACAAUGAGAUUGAAGGUAUUUACCAGAUCUCUGGGAUUGCGCAAAGCACCACCUGUCGCAAUGAUUAUUUCUACGUUCCCUCUAAUAAGGGCGUUGCUGCUCUUGGAUCGUACAAACGGAAACCUGAAGAAAAGGACGGGGUGGUGAGCGUGCCAGUCACCAAAACACACUGUGAUCCCUCGGAUGUCCAGGCUAUCACGGGCCUGCCUAUCCAUAUGCAUUGCUGGUCGUUCAUCAAGCUUGUGAUUGGCCCUAGUGAGGAGCAGAAUCUGGAGUGUCUUGCUCUGGUUCUUUAUGCACGAUUCAGAGAUCUCAAGUUUGGCACAAUGCAGGACCAGAAUCACGGGCACGAUGGUGAAGACCCCCUUCGAAUACCGCUGGUAGCAAAGACAAUUCACACCAGUCGCCAGCGAAGAAAGAAGGGCAUCGAAAAGCGAACCUCCAAGAAAGUACCGUCUCGACUAUCGUAUCUCCCACUGGAGGUUCUAUAUACGAUUCUCGAUAUGCUGAGCUGCUUGGAUAUUUCUCCUUUAUUUCAAGUCGUGGACUUGGCUGUUCCAGAUCGAUACUGGCAGUCUCGGGCACCGCGAUCGUUGAUCUUUGAGCUCGAUGAUAUUAAAACAACGGAAGAGUGCGAUUGGGAGUAUCUUUGCUUGCAGAUGGAACAUCUCAUACAGGACUCGUCCACCGCAACGUCGGGCCCUCUAGAGCGGCUGCGGCUUGCAUUGCGUGGUCGGCGAAGGAUGAUAAGCAUCUUGCAAGAGACAAAAGCGAGUUUUCUGAAACACCUGAACGUUACGGAUAGAUGA